AUGCAAGUCGAACAACUUUCUGAUGCCGAAUUGAACCAGGCUUUGAAAGAACGGGGCCAAGGCCCUUUCCCUAUCACUCCGAACUCACGGAAGGUUGUGGAACGGAAACUGUUGAAACUUAUCGAAACAGAAGGGUCGAAGGAGAAUGGUCUGACUGGUAUUGAAACUGUAAGUUAUUUUAGCUUUUUGUAUAGUUUUUAGGUUUUUUAAAAACAAAAACGGAAGUUUAAUCUGUAUUAAGACUUUUAGCUCAAAAUUUUAUAUAAUAUAACUGUUACCUAUUUUUUAGAAUGGUACAAAGGCUGUCAAUGGUACUUUAAAUGGCAUCGAGAAAAUACACGAAUCCAGUCCGAUCUUGGAAGUCAUUAGACAAGCAAGUCUUCAACGAGAAUCACCAGAGCGUCAGAAAAGUCCACCUAGACAUGAAGAAUUACCUGAAGCUGAACAAGAAGAAGAGGAGGAAGACUACGAAGGUGAGACAUCAGCCAGAUACUUCUCCGAAGAAGAAAAAGCUGCUUUCCGAGCUGGACAACAUGUCGUGCCUAAGAGUCGUUUUUAUGGCUCUGGACUGACCAUUUUAGCCAUAUUGUUCUUGUUAGGGUUUAUGUUCAAAAUAGUCAAUGAUAAUGUCAACAAAGUCUACAAGAAUGAGCUUUAA